AACUUGUUAAAAGCCCCGGAUAUGCAACCUAUUAUUGCAUCACGAUUUGACAUCAGUCCGCGAAAAAACUAUGGACGUUAAUCAUACAUAGAGGCGUUAAUCAAAAUGAAACUUGUAAGCAGAGAACUCGACAAAGGCGGUGCAGGGUAUGUGACCAUGAUUCCAGAAGAAGCGGAAGACAUGUGGCAUGCCUACAAUCUUGUUGGUGUAGAUGAUACUCUACAGUCUACUACAAUAAGAAAAGUUUCAAAUGAGACGUCAACUGGUAGCGUGAGUGUCAACAGGGUUAGAACUACGCUGACGAUUCGGAUAGAAACAAUUGAGUGGGACACCCAGGGUUGUGUUUUGCGAGUGAAAGGCAGAAAUAUCCAAGAGAAUCAAUAUGUAAAGAUGGGAGCCUACCACACACUAGAUCUUGAAAUGAACAGAAAGUUUACUCUUGGAAAAAAUGAAUGGGACAGUAUAGCACUAGACAGAAUAGAGCUGGCGUGUGACCCAACUCAGCGUGCAGACCUGGCGGCCAUUGUCAUGCAAGAGGGGCUAGCACACUUAUGUCUCAUCACUCCGAACAUGACACUUCUCCGAGCAAAACUGGAAACAAACAUACCUCGCAAACGUAAAGGAAGCUGUUCACAACAUGAUAAAGGACUUGCCAAAUUUUAUGAUCAGAUUAUUCAAGCUAUUUUGCGACAUGUGAACUUUGACGUGGUAAAAUGCCUUUUAAUAGCCAGCCCAGGAUUUGUGAAGGACCAGUUUAUGGAGUACAUGGUCCAGCAAGCAGUAAAACUGGACUACAAAAUGUUAACAGACAACAAGUCUAAGUUUGUCUUGUGUCAUUCCUCCUCUGGAUUUAAACACUCUCUGCAAGAAGUUUUACAAGACCCGUCUGUGUCAACUAAACUAGCAGACACCAAAGCAACUAGCGAGGUGAAGGCUCUGGAUGACUUCUACCAGAUGCUACAGAAUGAUCCAAGCCGGGCCUUCUAUGGUGUGAAGGCUGUUGAGAAGGCAGCUGAACAUCAAGGGGUGGAAAUGCUGCUCAUCUCUGAUGAACUCUUCAGGUCUAUGGACCUGAAGGCACGGCGGCGCUAUGUACGUCUUGUUGAUCAGGUGAAGGAGGCAGGAGGGGAUGUGCGAAUAUUCUCAAGUCUACAUGUGUCUGGGGAACAGCUUGGGCAGCUGACAGGGGUAGCUGCAGUACUAAGAUUUCCCAUGGAAGAUGAGGAAUCCGACCAGGAAGAUUGAUACUAUUGCAAGAACUAGGUUACUUAUUGAUGUUCAGUUUUAUUAUGUCCCCCACCAUUAUAGUGGGGGACAUAUUGUUUUUGCCCUGUCUGUUGGUUUGUUUGUGUGUUUGCGUCAAACUUUAACAUUUGUCAUAACUUUUGCAAUAUUAGAGAUAGCAACUUCAUAUUUGGCAUGCAUGUGUAUCUCAUGGAGCUGCACAUUUUGAGUGGUGAAAGGUCAAGGUCAUUAUUCAAGGUCAAAGGUCAAAUAUAUGGGUCAAAAUUGCUUAUUUAAUGUACACUUUUGCAACAAUGAAGAUAGCAACUUGAUAUAUGGCAUGCAUGUGUAUCUCAUGGAGCUGCACAUUUUGAGUGGUGAAAGGUCAAGGUCAUCCUUCAAGGUCAAAGGUCACAUAUAUGGGGACAUAGUGUUUCACAAACACAUCACUUGUUUUUAAAAGUAAACUUCAAAGUCUGGGCGGUAUAGGUUUAAAACAUCAUAAAUUUAACUCAAACUACAAGCCUAAUAUUAUCAAACACGUCUUCUGUAUAAUUGGCACAGUAAUGAAACAUGAUAUUUUUGUUAGAAAAAAAAUAAAUACACAUUGUAUCAUUAUUAAUUGAAUUAUUUUCUAGUGAAACAUGACAUUUGAAAUAUAUAUGAAAUAUGUGCAGUACAUAAAUCAAUACUUAUAAAAUGGUCUUUGUUCAAUAUUUGGCGUAAAUAAUCAUCAUAAAUGUUCUUAUUAGUAAAAUGUAUAUUUAGCACUUGAACAUUCAUUAUAUUUGCAUAUGAAGUAAUAUUUAUUAGUCCCCUACCGAUGAAACCGGAGAGGGACUUGUGGUUUGUGCUCUGUGUGUCUGUCACACUUUUCUGGAUCCUUCGAUUACUUGAAAAGUUUGUCAUAUUUUUUCAUGAAACUUGAAACAUGGACAAAUGGCAAUAUGGAGAUUAUGUCAUUUCAUUUUGUUCCUACAUCAAGAAUUCUGGUUGCUAUGGAAACAAAUAGACUAGAAAUAUUGCUGAAAAUGGUGGAUCCUGCGAUAACUUUAAAUUCUUCAUAUUUUUAGCUCACCUGUCACAAAGUGACAUGGUGAGCUUAUGUGACCGUGUGAUGUCCGGCGUGUGUGCGUCCGUCCGUCAACAAUUUGUUUGUGUAGACAGUAGAGGUCACAGUUUUCAUCCAAUCUUUAUGAAAUUUGGUCAGAAUGUUUAUCUUGAUGAAAUCUGGGUUGGGAUUGUAUUUGGGUCAUCUUGGGUCAAAAACUAGGUCACUAGCUAGGUCAAAUAAUAGAAAAACCUUGUGUAGACAAUAGAGGUCACAGUUUUCAUGCAAUCUUUAUGAAAUUUGGUCAGAAUGUUUAUCUUAAUGAAAUCUGGGUUGGGAUUAAAAACUAGGUCACUAGGUCAAAUAAUAAAAAAACCUUGUUAAAACCUUGUGUAGACUAUAGAGGUCACAGUUUUCAUCAGACCUUAAUGAAAUAUAGUCAGAAUGUUUGACUUGUUAAAAUCUGGGUUGGGAUUGAAUUUGGGUCAUCUAGGGUCAAAAACUAGGUCAGAUUAAAAAAAAAAUUGGUAGACAGUAGAGGUCACAGUUUUCAUUAAAUCUUAUUUAAUUUGGCCAGAAUAUUAAUCUUGAUGCAAUCUGGGUUGGGAUUGUAUUAGGGUCAUCUGGGGUCAAAAACUAGAUCACUAGGUCAAAUCAUAGAAAAACUUUGUGAAGACAAUAGAGGUCUUAGUUUUCAUAUGAUCUUAAUGAAAUAUGGUCAGAAUGUUAAUUAUUGAUAAUAUCUGAUUUUGGAUCGUAUAUGGGUCAUCUGGGGUCAAAAAUUAGGUCACCCGGCCAAUUCUAGUAAAACCUUGUGUAGAUGAAAGAGGUCACAGUUUUCAUCACGUCUUAAUGACAUUUUGCCAGAAUGUAUUAAUUAAUGAAAUUUGGCUUGAUACUAUUGCAAGGACUAGGUUACAUUCAGGGUCAUCAUGGCCCUCUAGUUUCAUGAAACUUGAAACAUGGAUAGAUGGCAAUAUGGAGAUUAUGCACGUCAUUUCAUUUUGUUCCUACAUCAAGAAUCUGGUUUCUAUAGGAACAAAUUAACUACUAAUAUUGCUGAUACCGGUAGGGGACUUUUAUUGGUUGGCAAUAGUCUUGUUAACUAAUAUUAUUGGAUAUCUUAAAUGAAACAUUCUUCUUGAUCUGUGGCGCUGAAUGCUUCCGGAAAUGAAUGUUAUCACGCUGGCAUGAUAUGUGAUUUUCAGGUGGGCUCUGUACUAAAAGUAAAGCUGUUCUACCUUCAUUAUGGUGUAAUGUUGGAGCCAUAAGGCUGAACAGUAAAGGGUGUGGUGUGAUUAUACACAGUGCUAUACUAGCACUACAUGAUGUCAGGUCCCUUGGCUUAAGUUACAUUUGCGUCUUAAAUUACUUUAACGGUUAGGUCUAUAAUAAGCGCAAAUGACAUGCCCAUUUGAAUGUUACUUAAUGCUGUAUAAAUGAUAAAUGCUCCUCAUUGUACUGCCAUUUAAAUGUUGUUCAUUUAAAUAAAUCCUUUUUCUUUGUUUCAUCCUGGAUAUUUUUAUCUAUAUAUUAUAAAUAGGUACUGUCCAUUGCAAAGAAAAUUCUUCCUUAGGAGUUGUUUCUUUAAUGAUAGUCCAUUGUUAUAUCUGAUUUGCCAUUUGUUUAAGUUAUUGUUUUUAAGUACAUAGCAUUGGAAGCAAUUUAUUUCUCAACAUUAGCAUUUUCUUUUUCAUUGUAUUGUUUGAAUUUGUAAGUAUUAUUUAUUUACAUGUAGUGGUUUUGUCUUCUUCUCAAUAUUUGUUUUUAAACAAGAGUAGGUGAUAUUCACCGUAAUACAAGACAAUUAUUUUUGAAAUGGUGUUGUAUUUAUUUAUCAAAGCUUCACACAAAUUCUAUUAAUAUGUUCUAUGCGUAUAACUUGAUUCCAACAGGUUGUUUUGCUAGGUAAAGAAUAGCACGUUUAGUUUUAUUGUAUAUUGAUAUUGAGUUACAUUUGAUUAAAAUGAUUUUACAAGAUUUGAUUUAUAAAUGGAAACUGUAAUGCUAAAUACAUUAGGUGAAGAGUACAAUUUUUAUAAGGCAAUUGUUAUGUCCUGUUUAAGCAUUUUGUGCAAUUAAAACAUGAAAAAAUG